CCCAUCGUCUUUGAUUAGUCAAAAGUAGUUCUUUUCUUUCUUUGCUUUGAAGGGAAAAAUUAACUAUUUGAUGUUUGAUUUUAAUCAUGUACGAUAGAAUAUGAUUGACCAGUAAUCUAUUUAGGCAUAUCAUCACAUGCUUAUUACGAGUUAAUCAAUUUACUAAGCGUUGUCACAGAUUGGAAAGGUGUUCUCCAGCUGGCUCCACCAGUGGGAAAUAAUAUUAGUUUGUUUUCUCUAAUUGUAUGGAUUUUGUCAUUACAUCCAUAACUCUUUCCACCUUAAUGAUCCUUUCUAGAACUAGAACUACCAUAGAUAAGAGCUGAGAUUUCCUUCUGUUAUAUGUAAAAGAAUUGAGGUUAUUUGAACAAAGAAAGAAUGUCAGCAGUAGGUGGAUUAUGCUCAAUUUACUCAAUCUGCAGUGUUGCAGCUGGGAUUGCAGGGAACCUCUUUGCAUUCGUCUUAUUCGUGUCACCAAUACCAACAUUCAGAAGAAUCAUUAGAAGCAAGUCUACAGAACAGUUUUCUGGAUUACCUUAUAUAUAUGCGCUCUUGAAUUGCUUAAUAUGCCUCUGGUAUGGGACACCAAUUGUAUCUCCUGGUAUUAUAUUGGUUUUCACUGUCAAUUCUAUUGGAGCAAUGUUCCAGCUAGUAUAUAUUAGUAUCUUCAUUAUUCAUGCGGAGGGGUCCAAGAAGUUGAAGAUGUUGGGGUUGGUGCUUGGCGUUUUUGCUGUAUUUGCUGUUAUAGUUGCCAUCAGCCUAUAUCUAUUUGAGCCUCCUAGUCGGCAAACUUUCGUUGGAUAUUUAUCCAUCUUUUCUCUUAUUUCCAUGUUUGCUUCUCCACUAUUCAUUAUUAAUUUGGUGAUCAAAACAAAGAGUGUGGAGUACAUGCCAUUUUAUCUAUCCCUUGCGACUUUUCUCAUGAGCCUUUCUUUCUUUGCCUACGGAAUGUUCAAGAAUGAUCCAUUCAUCUCCGUACCAAAUGGGAUAGGAGGAGUUCUUGGUGUCAUACAACUGGUACUGUACUUUAGAUAUAGCAAUUCAGGAGAGGAGCCAAGAGUACCUCUCUUGGACUCUUAUGCAUGAAACACAAGACUAUGGCUGGAAGAUUCAUGAAGAAAUGGCACAAAACUUUUCUCUCUUUUCUUCUUUUCACUGAUUUUUUUUUCGUGUGAGAAUUUGGGAAGGUUAGAAUUUUCUUUUGCCUUUUUUUUUAGGGAAGAAUUUGGUAGAUGUGUUAAAAGUGGUGAAGGGUAGUGUAGUAUGUCAUUUGUGGAAAAUUAAAGCUAUCAUUUGUUGUGUGCUCAAGUUAACAUUGAGCAUCUAUUGUUUAAUGAAAGGUUCAGGUGCUGAGAUAACUCUCAGCAUGUUUAUGUAUUCAUUGGAUUGAUAUAUACAAAUUUUCUCCAAACUAUAA